UGCAUUGCAUAACAGCUGGCUGAUGUGGAUACAAAGUUCUGCUCGAUACUGGAGCACGCUGUCACCACCGUGGAGUUUGUGCGUGUGCAUGGCCGUAGCAAAGUAUUCCGAGGUCAUGAGCCUGAGGGCCCCCACCCCCUUUGGAAGAUAGUGACCAGACCCCAGGCUUAGGGUGGCAGCACACUGUGUUCCGCACUUCCGCCCGCAGCCACUCCCUGGCACACACACACACACACACACACGGGCUCUCGUUGUUUGUCGCAAACAAAGUUGAAACGUAAUAUCUGUUCUCAGGUUCUCGUGUGUCCACAGAGAGGGAGGCCUCCCUCUUGGCAUGCACACACACCGACACCCCCCUCUGUGAUGUGCGAAGGUAAUAGCUAUGGGGUGACUCAGCAAAUGAGCAGUGUUUUGGAACUUUUAAGACCCCCUAACAAAAGCCACUCUCUUGGCUCCAAGUGUGUGUGUGUGUGUGUGUGUGUGUGUCUGUGUUGAGACACAGUGACUUCAGCUCCAGUCAGGUAUGCACUGCUAAAUCCCCCCUCCACACACACACACACACACACACACACACACACGUAAGUAUGACAUCCCACUGGCACCACACUUCCCUAGAGGUACAACAAAUAAUCAACACAGCUCCCAGGGCACUUCCAAGCACAGUCUCACACACUUUAUUCCGCCUUUACUUUCUUAAUCUCAAGUGCACCUACUGUAUGCACGCUCGCAGAUUUCCUCCAUCUCUCUCGCCCUCACACACACAAACACACACACCAUUAAAUGUCUCACGCUGGGUGAACGGUGAACUCCCACGGUUCUUAUUCGGGACUGCGCGGCCAUAAAUUAUCUAUUCCCCUCUGGGGGUUUUUUUUUUUGUUGUUUUGCUGGAACUCUCCAGUCAGAUCCUGUUGGACUUUCUGCACUUCAAUUAUUAAAGGAGUCAAAGUGGCGGAACUGUUCAAAAAUAACAGGCCGGUGUUUCGUGGAGACAUUGCUGGAGUUGAGAUGAAUGCUGUUUGGUUCCUGGGAGCAGCAGCAGCAGCAGCACGUGGCUGCUCAGGAACUUGUUUUUCUUGUCUCCUUCUCUGUGAUGAACGGAGCUGGAGGAGGUUUUUUGAUGGACCUCUCCUCUUCCCUUUGCUGAGUACUCCAGUGGCCGCAUUGCUCAGAUCUGCUCUCCUCCAGCACUUGACUUCACUCUGAUUUGAGGGAGAGAGAGAGAGGGAAGAGGGAAGAGGGAGAGCGAGAGGGAAGAGGGGGAGGUAGAGGAGUGGUGAUUGAGCGCAAAGGGGGCAGGACUUUUUCUCUCCGGGUCCUAUUAAGAGCAAACUUUGUGUUUUUGUUCUCCAAGUUCAGCGCAGUGCUCUGCAGCCUGCACACACUUCCUCUCUGCGGCUCCUUCUCUUGACCAUUUUUUUUGUUUUCCUCACUGGUUUUGAUUCCUCGCCUGUUGGUUUACUGCUGUGUUUUUUUGUUUUUUUUUUUAAUUCACCGGGGGUUUGGACACCGGGAGGAUGCGCUUUUUGGAGGAGCAAAUGCACAAAGUUGUCUCUUCGGCCGCUCCGGAGCUGUUUUAGGGGAUCACAUAGAUGUUGUUCGGGCUGGAAUGAACAAUGCUGCGGCUCCUUGGUGCUCCGGCCGGGGGCAUGCUCUGGUGCCGGCUGCUGUUGCUGUGCGCGGUGGAGUUGGAGCUGGGAGCCGGGCUCUCCACUUUCCAGGGUUUCUAUCUUCCACCUGCGAACGGGUCGCUGCUCACACCUGCCCGGAGGACGGAUGGAGUCGUGCGGACCAUUGACCGGAUUUACCACGGCGGGGGGAAGGCGGGCUACCUGGUGUACCUGGACGGUAGUCGGUUUCAGCUGGACAUGGAGAGGGACGAGUCGGUGCUGUCGCAUCACUUCAGCCCCCAGUAUGUGCUCGCCGUGAUGGGCGAGAGCCCCGCGCUGCUACAGCGGGAGUGCGUGUACCGCGGGACGGUGGACUCCAACCCGGAGUCUCUGGCCGUCUUCAACCUCUGCGGCGGGGGCCUGCAGGGCUUCUUCGCCCUGAACCACACGCGCUACACCGUCACGCCGAUCAUCAGGGCGAAGGGACGCGAGCACGACGUGCGCGCCCUGCAGGACAAGGACGCGGAGAGCGCGCUCCACGUGUUCACGCGCGAGAGAUUCAGCUUCGAGGCCAUGCGCGAAGGGCGCGAGAGCUGCGGGACGCGCGACGGGCGCAGAGGGCGCAGGGACGCGGCGGGGAAACGCCGGCGCGGGGGUCGCGGCAAGGGGAGACGGGACAGAGAGGGGCUCGCAGCGGAGGACACCGGUGACCAUGACGCGCACGGGCGGAGGUUUUGGAGCCGGCUCUCCGGGGCGGCCGCUCCGGCGCAUGGCGCGCGGCGCAGGAGGUCGGUCUCUCGCGCCAGGCACGUGGAGCUGCUCCUGGUCGCCGACGACACCAUGACGAAGAAAUACGGCAAGGACCUGAACCACUACCUGCUCACGCUGGCGUCCAUCGCAUCCAAGCUGUACGGCCACGCCAGCAUCGAGAACCCGAUCCGGCUGUCGGUGGUGAGGGUGACCGUGGUGGGCGAGAAGGAGAAGGGGCUCGACGUGUCCAAGAACGCGGCGGCGACGCUCAAGAGCUUCUGCAAGUGGCAGAACCAGCAGAACCCGCUGGACGACGACCACCAGCACCACCACGACGCCGCCAUCCUCUUCACCAGGCAGGACCUCUGUGGCCACCACUCCUGCGACACCCUGGGCAUGGCCGACGUGGGCACCAUCUGCUCCCCGGAGCGGAGCUGCGCCGUCAUCGAGGACGACGGGCUCCACGCCGCGUUCACUGUCGCGCAUGAGAUAGGCCACCUGCUCGGCUUGUCCCACGACGACUCCAAGUUCUGCGAGGAGCGCUUCGGCGUGAACAGCGACAAGCGGCUCAUGUCGUCCAUCCUGACCUCCAUCGACGCCUCCAAGCCCUGGAGCCGCUGCACCUCGGCAACCAUCACGGACUUCUUCGACGACGGCAACGCCGAGUGCCUCCUCGAUUCUCCCCGCCAGCCGCUGCUCGGCCCCGAGGAGCUGCCGGGGCAGAGCUACGACGCCGUCCGCCAGUGUCGCCUGGCCUUCGGCCCCGAGUACACCGUCUGCCCGGGCAUGGACGUGUGCGCCCGGCUGUGGUGCGCCGUCAUCCGCCAGGGGCAGAUGGUGUGUCUGACCAAGAAGCUGCCGGCCGUGGAGGGGACGCCCUGCGGCAAGGGGCGCAUCUGCCUGCAGGGGAAGUGCGUGGACAAGACCCGCAAGAGACACUACUCGGUGUCCAACCAUGGCAGCUGGAGCUCCUGGGGUUCCUGGGGCGCGUGCUCCAGAACGUGCGGAGGCGGCGUGCAGUUCGCCCAGCGGCUGUGCAACAACCCGCCGCCGCGGAACAACGGGCGCUACUGCACCGGGAAGAGAGCCAUCUACCGGUCCUGCAGCGUCGCGCCGUGUCCUGCGGCGAGUAAGAGUUUCCGUCAGGAGCAGUGUGAGGUGCGCAACGGGCCCCAGACCGAUCCCAAGGGGGUGAAGACCUUUGUCGAGUGGGUGCCCAAGUACGCCGGCGUUCUCCCGAAAGACGUGUGCAAGUUGACGUGCCGAGCGAAAGGAACGGGCUACUACGUUGUGUUCUCGCAGAGGGUGGUGGACGGGACGGAGUGCCGUCCGUACAGCAGCUCGGUGUGCGUGAAGGGGAAGUGUGUGCGGACGGGCUGCGACGGCAUCAUUGGCUCCAAGCUGCAGUUUGACAAGUGCGGCAUCUGCGGGGGCGACAGCACCGGAUGCAUGCGUGUGGUGGGCAACUUCACAAAGAAGAGUAAGGGCUACACUGACGUGGUGAAGAUCCCCGCCGGCUCCACCCACAUCAAGGUGCGUCAACACAAGGCCAAGGACCAGACCCGCUACACCGCCUACCUGGCCCUCCGGCGGCCCAACAACGAGUACCUCCUGAACGGCAAGUUCAUGAUCUCCACCUCCGAGUCCAUCAUCCCCCUCAUCGGCACCGUGCUCAACUACAGCGGGUGGAGCCAAAGGGACGAGUGGCUCCACAGCAUGGGCCCGGGGGCUCUCCAGGAGGCCCUGGUGGUCCAGAUUCUGGCCACGGACGCCAAAAAGCCCCUGGACGUCCGCUACAGCUUCUUCAUGCCCCGUCGGACGGCCCCGCAGCAGCCGCCACCUCCGCUCGUCCCCAACCCGAAGGCGACGCCCUCGCAGAGCCCGACAACGGUCUCAACCACAACAAGAACCACCACCACCACCACCACCAGUACUACAUCCUCCUCUGCUCCCCCAGUCCCGGGCCCCGGGCCGACUACAGCUCCAGGUCCCCCGACCCCAGCCCCGGGGCCCCAGUGGGUGACAGGUUCCUGGAUGACCUGCUCCAGGACUUGUGAGACUGGCUGGCAGAGUCGGACGGUGCAGUGCAAGGACCGGGACGGGAAACUGUCCAAGGGAUGCAUGCUGGGCGCCCGCCCCUCCGCCUUCAAACACUGUCUGGUGAAGAAAUGUUGAGGGGGCGCCGGAAAAAGAAACAGUUCCAUAGGAAGAAGUUGUAUUUCUGUACUUCUGAUAAAAAAAAGGUCUCAAGUGCUGGAUGUAGGACCGAUUGAGGCGUGGAACCUUAAACUGGACGGGGAAUGUUCUGGACCAGUCCCACGGACACUCACAGACACGUUGGCGUGGAUGUACCCGACUAUAUGCCAGAGGAACGUCCUGGAGUCAUAUUAGCUGCAUACAGAGCACAAACCACAGGACAGUUUCUGUAUGAUAGUGACAUACUGGCAUGGCUACGAACUGGAGUUGCAUGUCAUCAUCCCACAGAGACAAUAACUGAUUGUCUUUUACGUCGGCCUCCGAAACGCCGGAGGCGCAGCAUGUAUGUUGUGUGUGUAAUUUUUUUAAAUGCUAUUCCAUGUGUUCUUAUCACUGUGGGUAUUUGAAAGUCAUACCCCUUUGUCUUUUUGUCAUGAGUGUGUCCCAGACAAGAGCCCUGCAGUCUGCAGGGUCAUGGAUCGCGGUGUUUUGGUAACGUGGUCGUUUUUUCGGUGACCGAGCGGCAAACAAAAAAAAGUAGAUACAGGAAGAAUGUUGAAAGUGUGAAAUCCCUGGAUGUUGCCCCUGGCCAAGGACUAGUAGUACAGUGGUUCUCCUCAUCUUCUGGCCACCUGGGCGAUUUCCCUACAAAUAUUCUUCCUGUAAAGACUUUUCGACGAGCUACUCCGUGACUGAAAUGUCCAAGACACGGGGGACAGGAGAGGGAGAUGCGUCCGACGGCCCUGGAUCUGUCCAGCUGAAAAUCGAGCAGUGAUAUUUAUGAACAUCCAAAAAGAGAAAGAGUACGCAUGAAUACAAGUUUUGACUCAGGAUGCACGGAACCGGGGGCGAACGGGUGAAACCCGGACGUCUACGGUGUAACGGAUCAUCCAUUGCAUCCAAACAGCCUAAACACUGUAGUACGAAGCCGCGGAGCGUGUCGGUUGUGCCGAGGUACCGGUCCAAUUCUCCGUGCUCGCGUCCUCGACGAGUCUGUGUCCCGUACAGUGGAGAAACAGCAGCGUGGUGUGUGACGGGAUAGUAAGGGGGGAGGGCGAGUACGGUGGCAAAAACCUUACAAUGGUGAAAUCGACAGGUGGGGCAAAGUAACCACGCCUUUACGGAGGGUAACGAUGAAUCAGAUUUGGGGCAAAUGCUUGAUUUUUAUUUGUGUGUGUGUGUGUGUGUGUGUGUGUGUGUGUGUGUGUGUGUGUGUGUGUGUGUGUGUGUGUGUGUGUGUGUGUGUGUGUGUGUGUGUGUGUGUGUGUGUGUGUGUGUGUGUGUGUGUGUGUGUGUGUGUGUGUGUGUUCUGUUCUCUACUGCGUCUUCUUCGCUCUCAGUUCCACUCGUAUCAAUCAUUAUGCUGGUGCUGGGAGGUUCGCGGCCCCCGUGGUUGUUGUUUUUUGGGGGGGUUUGUGCGGUUUUAUUUUCAGAGGGGAUCCAUAUGUUUGUUCGCCUCGGAAACGAUGCUCAUAUGACAAUGUGUGCCCUGGAUACUCGCAACGACAGCAAGAGAGAGAUAACAAAGGCAGCCCUCACUGUCCCUUUUAGCGUUUUCAGCUCUUCCUCCAUUUGCUUUUUCUUCUCAUCAUUCAGUCUCUACAUUAAUCACUCAUACAUCCUGUUUGUGCAAAUGGUCGUUUGAACCUGUCCCCUAUACCCUGAUGGGUGGAGUUUGCCAUAAUACAGCGGUUGUGCCACAAAACCACCCGUCGGUGCAGGGGUGAGUGUGCUUGAGGAGGUUUAAAGGGUCAGGUCACCCAAAAAAGUACAUUUCUCAUUGCCCUUUAUAGGAACAUAGCUCUGCACAUGGUUUUAUUUGUAUUUCCUCUGGUUUUUGGGAUAUCUAUGUGACACAUCCAUGUGACUUGUGUGUAUGUGAGUUUGGUAUCAAUCUUCUCAUCUAAAUCUCAUCAAGAACGCAAAAACAAUGUUUUCCCCCCAAGCUAUAACUUGGAGCAAACUACUGUGAGCAACUUGGUUGAACUGCGCCCUUUAAAAUCAUCCACGCAACCAAACAGUAUCAUCCAUUUGUUUUUCCCCCUUUUUUGGGGGGGGGUAAUACGACCGAGGAUAAACUCAGAGUUUGGUUGAUUUGCAUAAAAGCCCCGGCGUUUCAAACUAAAAUAUUUCUGGCACCUGUCGUAUUAUCUUUUAUUGGCAAACCCCACCCGUCUGGCUCCUGUGCAGCAGAAAACAAGCCAUGACAAACACUUUCUGUCACCACAUGACACAAGAUACCACUGACUCCCCUGAAUCCGUCCCUCCUCCCGCCUCAUCACACCUUCAGAUUUAUUUACACAAUGUAGACUCUCUUUUUUUACACGACUAGACCUUUCGUAUACGUUCAUAUUCAACCAUAUUUACACAAUUGUACACGCACAGACACACACACCAUCGACACCAUCCAUCAGUUGCCUAGUUUUGGAGUAUUUCAAACACACACACACACACACACACACAUUCACACAACCUACUUUGACUCUUCCCGUGGGGGGACCCCCUACCCCCCCUCUCGCUGAACGACAGAAAAACACAGCACUGAACUUGUAAUUUAUUGUUUGUACAACUGGCAUGUGUGAAUAAAAAAAACACAGUGAGAUGAGUUUUAUUUAUUAUACUAAUUUUUGUAUCAAAUCACUAUUUAACUUAGGACAUGUGACUGUGCAGAAUCAUUCCUCUGUAAGAAUAUAGUGUUUCUUUUUUUUCUAGUCAUCCACAUGAAUAUAUGUACAUAAAAAUCUAUAUAUUUAAAUCA